UCCAACAGAAGAAGAAGCAGCCAGCCGGAGAGUUUGUUGUUGCUUCAGCAACAGCUGCUAAACGAACAUCAUCCUCUGGCUGUCGGAGGUUAACUUAUCGGUAACUAGCUGUCUGAUGGUGACCAGAUGUGGGAUUCAGCUCAAACCCAGUUCGGCAGCUACAACUAGAAGUGCACUGACGUUUAUUUGCUAAAUAAAUUAGCAGCCUCGCCCACCGGCUAGCUAACGCUAACUGCUAACCUCAGUAGAAACCCACUGACUUGCUAACAGCGCAGCUAGCUAAUCCAAGCAGGCUCACCGCGCUGAGCACCUGUACCAGCUCACCUGAAGUGAUGCAUCUGAGGUCUCCCUGUUGUUAAACCGACAUGAUGGCAGGUUCCCAGUGGGAGCUUCCUCCAGAGCUGUGCUGUCGGCCCAUGGCCUUUGUGGCUCUAACAGGCCUGGAUGUGGUGUACAACGCUGUGCAUCGGGCCAUUUGGGACGCCUUCUGUGCCAACCGUCGUGCCGACAGAGUCCCCAUCUCCUUCAAAGUACUGCCAGGAGACCACGAAUACCCCAAAUGUCGCACUAAGCGAACAUCUUAUGAGUGGUACAUCCCUAAAGGCAUCCUGAAGACAGGCUGGAUGAACAAACACCUCAACCUGGUACCGGCUCUGGUGGUUCUGUUCUAUGAACUGGACUGGGACGACCCACAGUGGAAAGAGAAACAGUCUGAAUGUGCCACUAAGGUUGAGAUUGUCAGGACCAGUCUUCAGGGCAGGAACACCAAAGUGGCCGUGGUUCUAAUCCAGAAGAAAACUCCUCUACCUCCAGGAGAAGACCUGGUAGCAUCUGAGAGAGCUUCAGCUCUUUGCAACGCCUGCGAUCUGUCUGGAAAAAGCCUCUUCGUUCUGCCGCACACCGACCACUUAGUGGGCUACAUUAUCAGGUUGGAGAACGCCUUCUACGAGCACGCUCAGACGUACUACUACACAGAGAUCCGUCGUGUUAAAUCACACAAGGAGUUCCUCAACAAGACGACUCAUCAGCUGCUGUUUGUCCGACACCAGUUUAAAAUCGCUUUCUUCAGUGAGCUGAAACAGGACACGCAGAACGCUCUCAAGUACUACAGAACUGCAUACAGCCUCGUGCACGAGCUCAGAGCGCAUGAGACCAACAUGUUGGAGAUUAAAACGAUGGCUGGAUUCAUCAACUAUAAGAUCUGCCGCCUGUGUUUUCAGCACAACACCCCUCUAGAUGCUAUCGCUCAGUUCAGGAAGCACAUCGAUCUGUGUAAGAAGAAGAUCGGCAGUGCUGAGCUGGCCUUUGAACACGCUGCCUGGAUGUCUAAACAGUUCCAGUCCUUCGGUGAGCUGUUUGAUGAAGCCAUAAAGUUGGGUCUGACGGCCAUCCAGACCCAGAACCCUGGAUUCUACUACCAGCAGGCUGCAUGUUACAGCCAGGACAGGAAACAGCUGGCUCAGCAGCUCUGCCAGGUGAUAGCCCACCUAUCAGUACCCACCACACUGACACCAGUUAAUGAGAUACUGCAUAGCGCCACUGCUACUGCCUCUAAGAGGCGUGAGCGCCACCAGCUGUUCGUAUCUCCGUCAGCUCCUAAUAAUCACAUGACGGUAGAGAAUGGAGAUUAUUUGACCUGUGUUUGGAGGGAAAUGUCAGCUACAGAAGUGAAACAUGACUUCUUUAUUGUGGUAUUUGCAGGUAUUGAUCCUCCAGAUGCAGAGAAGGAGAAGACGGGGAUUCUGUCUCUGCAGAUCAAAGAGAGAGAUGUUCCACAUUCUGAGCUGAUUAUAGCGCUGCUCAGUAACGCUGUCGCCCAGUUUAAGAAGUACAAGUGUCCUCGAAUGAAGAGUCACCUCAUGGUGCAGAUGGGAGAAGAAUAUUACCACGCGAAAGACUAUACGAAAGCUCUGAAGCUGCUGGACUACGUGAUGUGUGACUAUCGCACAGAGCGAUGGUGGGCUCUGCUGACCUCCAUACUGACCACAGCUCUGCGCUGUGCUUAUCUGAUGGCCAGUGUGAAGGACUACACCAUCUAUUGCAUGGAGCUGCUGGGCAGAGCUUCAACCUUGAAGGAGGAGCAGAAGUCGAAGAUUGAGAAGAAUCUUAUCAAAGUCCUGAUGAACGAGGUUCCUGACCCCGAGCCAGAGUGUGAUCCAUCUUCUGUCAGUGCAGCCCGGUCCCUGUGGAGCGACCGCAUGGCGCUGGCCGGAUCCAAUGAACUGACUAUAGAAGUGCAGGACUACAUCCCAUUUAUCCAGUGUAAGGCCAAGUUCCAGUCUCCCAGUUUCCAUGUGGACCAGCCCAUCCAGCUGCAGGUUUUUCUCCGAGCCGACUGUCCUCAUCCUUUCAACUUCAACAAGCUGGCUGUCAGCCUCAGUAACCAGGAGUACAACCAGUGGUGUGUGGUGGAGUCGGCUCAGGACAGCAUGACUCUGGUACCAGGAAAAACCAGAUGCUACAGCUUCAGCUUCGUGGCAAAAACUGAAGACGUGGGCAAGAAGAUCGAGAUGACAGGGAUCGAGGUGAUGCUGGGCAGCGAUGCCGGCCGCUGUGUGUUUCUGAGCUGGAGGGGGGCUGGAGGAGAUGCUGCUUCUACCCACGAGGCUUUGCAGGCCAGCAGGUCGUCACGGCGAUGGGGGCGGGGCUUGGAGGCACGUCAGGAGCUGGACUGGGACAGUCUGAGCCUGCAGCACAGCACCAUGAUCAUCUCCAGAGUCCCAAAGAUCUCCGUCCAGCUCAGCCACCAGCCUCCCGCACUGACCAAUGAGAUGUUCUGCAUCAGCCUCACGGUCCAAUCACAGGAGGAGAACGUGGCAAAGGAGGUCAAGCUGACCGCCGGCCUCAAACCAGGUCAGGAUGCGAACCUCGGUCAGACCACCCACGUGACCCUGGAUGGGUCGAAGGUGUGUGACGACAGUUCUCCUGCUCUGCUGCCGGAUGUUCCUCUGGGAGACCUGAAACCAGGCGAGAAGCUGGAGAGGCGUGUCUACGUGCGCUGUGUGUCGACCGGGCCGCGGGUCUUCCUGUUCCACGUGGCCUACAGCAUCGACACCACGGUGGAGGGACGACACAUCGUCUGCAAGUGUCACAAGGAUGAGACGGUAACCAUAGAGACCGUCGUCCCCUUUGAGGUGUCGGUGAAGUUCGUGUCCACCAAGUUUGAACCUCUGGACCGGGUCGCCGUGGACAUUCCCUUCCUGCUGAUGACGGACGUCCUGUCGUCGUCUCCGUGGCCGCUGAUGCUGAACUCUUCUUCUCUGCAGCUGCUGACCAUGACCAGCAACACACCACAGCUUCAGUCUCAGCUGCAUGAAGUGGUUCUUCAGACCGGCGAGUGUGCCAGCGAGUGUUUCUGUCUGCGAUGUCCAGCUCAGACCAGCAGUAGCAGCACCGUGGCUACAGGACAGUACCUGAUAUCCUGGAGGAGACAGUGCUCCGGUGCCGAUGGUCCUCUGAUCCAGACCACAGUGACUCUACCUCAUGUCAUCCUGGAGUCCGUCCCUCUCUACAUCCACGCUGAUCUACCAUCCUUUGGGCGAGUCAGAGAGUCUCUUCCAGUUCGGUACCACAUAGAGAACAGAACCGGGCUGGUGCAGGAGGUGGAGAUGGCUGUGGAACCGUCUGAUGCCUUCAUGUUCUCCGGACUCAAGCAGGUUCGUCUCCGCAUCCUUCCUGGUUCGGAGCAGCAGAUGCUGUAUAACUACUACCCGCUGAUGGCCGGCUACCAGACACUGCCACAGCUGAACAUCAGCCUGCCGCGCUGCCCCACCUCCAACACAAACACCCUGAGACGCUUCCUGCCGCAACGCAUCUUUGUCAAGCCUCAGGGUCGACAGCUGGACGACGCCUCCAUCGCCGCGGCCUGAGGAGAAACGACCCGCUCACCGUCUGGUCGGUGGAUACUGGGGCUGGCUGGUCAUCGGAGCCACAGCUUCUCCUUGUUUGUAUUGUUGUUUUUUAAGCAGUUCCCAAUAAAAGAACAAGAACUGUGGCUGUACAGCAGCCGUUGGUGUGCGUAGUCUCCACGGUGAUCCAGAGCAGCGUCCUGCCCGCAGUCCAACAUCAUGACUUAGAGAAAAGCUCUUUUAAUGUAAAAUACUCGCAAACGUCUGUGCUGCAGUUUGUUAUUCUGAACUUUGACACCAAGAUUUUCAUUUUUACUUCAAGCGUUUGUCAUCGGCCUCCUUUAUUACCAAGAAUCAGUUCUGGCCCUAAAAUCCAAACCCGUCGGUGGACCCCAGUCACUGUAAAUAUGAGAGCGGAGCAGCGUCCUGUUGGCUGGUCUGGAGUCCACAGAAAUGAUUAAUAUUAUUAACACUACUUGUUUCUGGUUGUUCAGUAAAACACGUGUUGAUCAAACAUGAGGAAAACGUUUGCUGAGGUUCUGUUCAGAGUGAGUGUGAUGACCUGAUGUUCAUGCAACAGUGAAGAUAACGAAUGGAUCUGAUGAGAACUGAAUGUGACGAAGGUCUGAUUAAACUGAAGUGAUGGAAA